AAACGUCACGGGGCGGAGCCUCGGGCGGCGGGAAGAACGGGCGCGGGAAUGGAGGUGCAGGAGAGCGGCAGUGGCGCGGCCGAGACUGGGGCGCAGGAGCCCUCACCCGUCCCCAGCAAGACCGCGGGCGGCGCCGGCCACUACGAGCUGCCGUGGGUUGAAAAAUACAGGCCAAUAAAGCUCAACGAAAUAGUCGGCAAUGAAGACACAGUGAGCAGGCUGGAGGUCUUUGCAAAAGAAGGCAAUGUGCCCAAUAUCAUCAUCGCUGGUCCCCCAGGAACUGGCAAGACUACCAGCAUCCUCUGCUUGGCAAGAGCGCUGCUAGGCCCGGCCCUGAAGGAUGCAGUUCUGGAGCUCAAUGCAUCAAAUGACAGGGGCAUUGAUGUGGUGAGAAAUAAAAUCAAAAUGUUUGCCCAGCAGAAAGUCACCCUUCCCAAGGGCCGACACAAGAUCAUCAUUCUGGAUGAAGCAGACAGCAUGACGGAUGGAGCUCAGCAGGCCCUCAGGAGAACCAUGGAAAUCUACUCCAAGACAACCCGCUUCGCUCUGGCUUGUAAUGCUUCAGACAAAAUCAUAGAGCCCAUCCAGUCACGCUGUGCAGUGCUCCGCUACACCAAGCUCACCGAUGCUCAAGUCCUCACCAGGCUCAUGAAUGUCAUCGAGAAGGAGAAAGUGCCGUACACAGACGAUGGCCUGGAAGCCAUUAUCUUCACAGCCCAAGGGGACAUGCGCCAGGCACUGAACAACUUGCAGUCUACCUUCUCUGGAUUCGGCUAUAUCAACAGCGAGAACGUAUUCAAGGUCUGUGACGAGCCCCACCCGCUGCUUGUGAAGGAAAUGAUCCAGCACUGCGUGGAUGCCAACAUCGACGAAGCCUACAAGAUUCUUGCUCACCUAUGGCACCUGGGCUACUCACCAGAAGAUAUCAUUGGCAACAUUUUCCGAGUGUGUAAAACCUUCCCUAUGGCCGAAUACUUGAAACUGGAGUUCAUCAAGGAGAUUGGGUACACUCACAUGAAGGUGGCUGAAGGUGUGAACUCGCUGCUGCAGAUGGCCGGGCUCCUGGCCAGGCUCUGUCAGAAGACCAUGGCUCCAGUGGCCAGUUGAGAUGUCCUCCACUGAUUGUCACCGAGACACUGAUGAUCCAACUUUGCAGUCGUGGGAGAGUGCCAAGACACCGUUGGAACGUGCCCACUCUGUUCUGGGACAACAGGGUCUCCUGUAGCCCCAGCUGACUGAACUCUGCAGCACUGCGUGGCCCUGACCUGCUGAUCCUCUAACUCUGCCUCCUGAGUGUUGGGUUGCAGUUGUCCCCACGCCUGGUUAUGCGGCGCUGGGGAUGGGAUCCGGGGCUUGUGCACGUCAGGCAGGCACUGCCAGCUGUGUGGCUGAGCUCCAGAGGGUUUCCACGCUGCUGCCAGUGCUCUUCAGCUCUUCAUAUUUGAGUUCAGCUUCGGGCCCUGGAUGUGGGGCAGGGUGGGAAGGCCCCAGUCUCCUCAGUCUUGCGCUUGUAGCUGAUAAAGCUUAGGAUGUUUGUCUUGCAAUGCUUAAUCCCGUGAGGCCUUGAGGAAAACCAGUAUUCUGCCUGUUAUAUCCUGCUAGUAGAAACAGUGCCCUGUGACCAGCGAGAACGCAGCAGAUGAAGGCACUGGUAAAGUUCUUGUCCACCUGAGUCCCGUCUCCUGAGCCCACAAGAAAGCAGAAGAGAACUCACUCCACAAAGAUGUUCUGUAGGCAGCCAGGUGUGGUGGCAUACACCUUUAAUCCCAGCACUUGGGAGGCAGAGGCAGGCGGAUCUCUGGAGUUCAAGGCCAGCUUGUUCUACGUGGUUCAGGACUACAUAGAAACUACAUAAACUUGUCUCAAAAAAAGAUGUCUCCUGGGCCCUGCAUACAUGCACACACAAUAAUAAGUAAAAUUAUAAAAAUAAAUUUAAGAAAUGAAGCCAGGUACAGUAGCACACACCAUAAUUGUUUAAAAUUAUUUAAUGUGUAUGAGUUUUGGUUUUGAUCUUUAUGUGUGUGGGUGUUUUGCCUGUGCAUGCAGUACCUGAGAAGACCAGAAGAGGGCAUUGAAUCCGUUGGGACUGGAGUUGCAUAUAGUUGUGAACCUCCAUGUGGGUGCUGGGAAUGAACCUAGGGCCUCUCAAGAGCAGCCAGAACUGCCUAGCUGUCUCCCCAGUGCCACAAACCUAUAAUGCGAAGCACUUAAGCUAAGUUCAAAUUAGCCCCUGUUAACAGUGAGUUCAGGCCAGGCUGGAAAACAUAAGACCCUCUUGUGCUGUCUAACAAUUCGGUUUUAGUUGUUUCUUCUAAUAUACUAACUUGUGACAUUUA